GAAUGGCUGAUGAACACAUAUAUGGAUUGUGUCGUGCUGUGAUCCUAGCGCACGCAGCCCAGUAUGCAGCUGACUUCAGAUAUAAAUGUUCCAGUGCUUGUCCUGCUGCCAACAUGACAUUGAUUGGUCCCCCAGGACCAGCAGGAGAAAAGGAUCAUCUAGGUCUUGAUGGCCUAAAAGGUGGACCUGGACCAAUGGGGCCUACUGGAUAUCCUGGAUCUAAAGGAACGAAUGGAGAAUUGAGAGAAAAGGGUCAGAAGGGUGAGAGAGGAAAGCUAAGCAAGGGCCUCCCUGGACCCGAUGGGCACCAAGGUUUAAUAGGCUUUCCUGGCUAUUCUACAAUUUCUAGAAAUGACCAGCCAGACUCACUAAGCUCCCCAGGAGACAGCAGACUUCCAGACCAGCUAGCACCUGCUGGUCCUCCAGGUGUCCCUGGACUAUGUGAACCAAAAGGCUGUAGCACUUACAGUCUGAAUCUGUCGACUCAACAGGAACCAGUAAAUGGGCCCCCUGUUUAAAGACUGGCAGUUCAAUGGAGACAAUGGAAUAUUCAUAGCUGAGAUUAAGAUGCUAUGGGUUAAACCCGAGUGUCCUUCUUUCUGUCUUCCAGUAACUUCAACUGUAGGUAUCCUUGUCCAAUUUAUGUAUUGUAACCCUAAAUCACAGGUUUAUAAGGUGUGGCUAAGUAACCACUAUAAAACAGCCAAGCUCUUUCCAGCAGUGUUCUGAGUAGGUGUUCUUACAACUUAUGGGUAUAAAGGAUGCUUAUAUUUUAACUGUAGGUACUUUUAUAAACCAACCAGACUUUGCUUUUUCAGAUGAACAGAAAUACAUUUCUUCUGUCAGGUAUACCAAUCUAACCUCA